UAAAACAUCUCUUAAGACCUACUAGAGACCCCACAAAUACAUUACUGACAGGAGUCUCUGCAGCUGUUUCUCUGUGUUUCAAAGCAGGAAAAGAAAGUAUGCCAAAGGGUUCCUCUGUCAGCAAACAACAGAAAUCUGGGCAAUUAGCCUAACAGCACUUGGCGGUGCUUUUUGCUGUUGGGUGAACAAAGGCGUGUCCCGGAGCCAUGCAUAUAAUAGCCAGACGAGCUGCGAUAAGCUUUGGCUCGCCAGUCCUCAGCUCUCUGUGCACCAGCAGACUCACCGUCAGCAGCAGACUCUGCACGAUGGCCGAGCUCUCCUCUGAACUAGUGGUAUUCAACAAGCCAAAGGUUGAGCUGCAUGUGCACCUCGAUGGAGCCAUCAGGGUGCAGACUAUUCUUGAUGUUGCCAAGAGACGCGGCAUCCCUCUGCCAGAAAAUACCGUGGAGAAGAUGAGACAGAUUAUUAUAGUCCAGAAGCCUGUCACUCUCACUAAGUUCCUGGGCAAGUUCGCAGAGUACAUGCACGUGGUUGCUGGAGACAGAGAGGCCAUCAAGAGGAUAGCCUAUGAGUUUGUUGAGGACAAAGCCAAGGAGGGAGUUAUUUAUGUUGAGGUCAGAUACAGCCCGCAUAUUCUGGCCAACACUAAAGUGGAUCCCAUACCAUGGAACCAGAAAGAAGGUGACCUGAGCCCGGACGAGGUGGUGCACCUGGUUAACGAGGGCCUCAGAGAGGGGGAGAGGGCCUUCAAAAUAAAAGCCAGGUCCAUUCUAUGCUGCAUGCGCCACAUGCCAAGCUGGUCCAUGGAUGUCGUGGAGCUGUGUAAGAAAUAUCACCACGAAGGAGUGGUCGCCAUUGAUCUGGCAGGUGAUGAGUCACUCAACUGUGAAGCCUAUCCAGAACACAGGAGUGCCUUUGAGGAAGCAGAGCGUUGUGGGGUCCACAGGACAGUCCACGCAGGAGAGGUGAACUCGGCCUGUGUGGUGAGGGAGGCUGUAGAAGUGCUGAAAGCUGAACGGAUUGGACAUGGUUACAGAACCCUGGAAGACCAAGCCCUGUACAAAAAACUGCUGGCUCAGAACAUGCACUUUGAGGUGUGUCCUAUUUCCAGUAAGCUGACAGGUGCCUGCGACCCAGACUUCACCAAGCAUCCUAUCAUCACGUUCAGGAAGGACAUGGUGAACUACUCCCUGAAUACAGAUGACCCUCUGAUCUUCAACUCAAACCUUCACCUCGACUACAGCACCGCACAGAAAUACAUGGGAUUCACUGAGGAGGAAUUCAAACGAGUGAACAUCAAUUCUGCAAAGUCGUGCUUCCUGCCUGAGGAGGAGAAGAAAGAACUCGUCCAGAGGCUGCAUGAGGCUUAUGGGAUGAUAAACGCGACUGCCUUUUAAACCUGACGAGCAAGUCUGAGGAGGAACCUAACCCAGGGACAAAUCGCUCUGAACCCUUCAUCCCCACCUGACACAAUGGAAUUUCUUUUUCUCAUUUGUAACAAGACAUAAAGCUGAUAGAAUAAUAUAUCAAAUAUGUUGUUUAUCAUAUGGCUUCUGCCUUCACCUCGCAUAUCUGAACAUCAUCAGCUUGUGUUUUGUCAGUAUUCUAACAACUUAGAUUUAAUUUUCUGUGUAGUUCCAGAGGAUGUCAUGGUGAUCCGCAAAGUGCAAAAACAUAAGCAUGCAAGUGUUUUGUGUUUAUGAAGCAGAUUUUGUUAUAUGAAAACUACAUUCUUCAUCUUGUUUUUACAUCCUUUUUUUCUUGAAGAGAAUCACGGAAGCUUUUGAUGCACAAUUACUCAAGACUAACGAAGUCACAGUUUUUACACUUUGUCAGCCUGUAAAGGAACAAUAUGGGGGGGGGUUAUUAGUUGUUCAUUUCUGUGACAGCUUAAUCAUUAUGGUGUCCGGGACAUCUUUGGGUGAAAGCAUGUGGGGAAAAUGUGAUUUACUGUGAAUAUCCAUAGUUUGGUUUGAGGGUGAGGUAAGGUUGUCAGAAACAUUUGUGUUUUUUAUCCUCCACACGUAAAACUGCAGGACACAUCAGGUAGAACAGCUCAAUACCAAAUAUCUAGUCUUACAUUUGAGCACUUCUGUUUGUAACAGACACAAUUAUGACACCGGUGAAAAGCAGCGUUGACCGUAAUAAAAGCUAUUAUGAAAUGUU